AUGUCAGAUAUAGCAAAACUGAUAGCAAAACGACCACCUCCAGACGGAACGGAUGAAAAUUCCAAGGUGGUCGAUGUACGAGCAAAUUUUCUGGAAGUAAAAAAGUUUAAUUAUCCAACAGUCAAAUCAUACACCUUGGAAAUUACGGUUCAGAGAGCCGGAAAGGUAUCCAAAAAAGAUUCCGAUGCCGUCGUCAUACAGUUAAUAAAGAAUAAAAGAUUUGGCCAGCGUGCGGUCGCCUACGACGGGCAGCUUUUAUAUUCUAUAAAUGAUGUCACGGACGGCAGAAAGGUCAAAGAUCUCACGGUCACAGUGAGACCAAUAGAUGACGCGGGUAGCCCAAAAACCUAUAAGGUGGUUAUAAAAUUUUCCGCCGACAUUUCGCUCAGACCAAUGGCCGAUUAUGUAAAAGCCGGAACCAGUCAACUCUGGGAUGAUAAAAUCCAGAAUAUCUUUACUGUUCUCAAUGCCUUUCUAACCACGAAAGUUCGUACGCGAUACCUCUCUCUGGGAAAAAAGGCGAUCUUCCCAGAACCAUCGGAAGAGAAUAGAAUCUUCUUAUACGGCGGAGUCGAAUUAAUGCGUGGAUUUUACCAAUCCAUCCGUCCUGGAUGGGAAAAGUUGUUAGUCAACGUAGACGUUUGUGCAACUGUAUAUUACCCUUCGGGACCUCUGAUUCACAGAGUACCUAAAAUUCUUUACGAGACCGGAAAAGAACUUAGAACGAAAGAGGAGUUGAUGAGAGGUCUUUCGAAUCAAGAUGUCGAUGUGCUGACGAGAUUCUUAAAGGAUCAUUAUGUAACCACCACCAUUCGCGUUAAUAAUGAAAAGGAGAAGUUCAAGGUUCUCAAGGUUUCUUACGAACCUGCUGAAAGACUCCGGAAAUCUAGAAAUUCCCAGAUAACCGUCAGUCAAUAUUAUAGCAAUAUAGGACAGAACUUACAGUAUCCCAAGCUUCCCUGCGUGGUCGUAAAAAAAUCUAGGUUCGAAGAAUACUUACCGAUAGAGAUAUGUUCAAUUAUUUCCGGUUUCCUAGAUCAGAAAUAUCGUACCGACAAUCUUUCCGAGUUACAACGAAAGGAUAUGAUUGAAAAAACGGCAAUCAAACCAAAAGAUCGUUUCGAACGAAUUCAAUACGCAAUCAAUGAUAUAUACAAAUACCAAAAUGAUGAAAUCAUAAAAUCCAUUGGAAUGGAAGUGAACAAUCGAUUUAUCGAGCUGAAAUCGCGCUUGUUGAAGGCACCGCAAUUGAUUACCUAUGAAAGCAAAGAAAUUACUCCGGAUGGUGGUAAUUGGGAGGUCAAAAAAUUCGUCAAGCCGCUAUUAAGUACUCUUUUGUCUUCACUUCAGGGAUCUGUACUCGCGAAUUGGUCUGUCGUAUCAUUUGAAGAUUCCAGAAUUCUAAGAGAACAAGAGAUAAUAAAUGCUCUAAAAUUAUUGAUUGAAGCAUUGACGCAAAAAGGAAUCGAUGUACCUAGCCGUCCAAAGAUUUCAUUUGCAAAUCGACAAGGCAGCAUUAGUCAAUCCCUCUUGGUCGGCGUCAAUAAUAUUAACAAAUCUAAUCCGAAAUUACCUCGAUUGAUGAUAUGCAUCGUUCCUCAUAAAUUAUCCUCCAAGAAUGGAAUAUAUCAAGAAAUCAAAAAAUGUUGUGCCAUCGAAUUGGGUGUAAUAUCUCAAUGUAUCGUCGGUUCGCAUAUGAAAGGAAAGCAAGGAAAGUGGAGACAAAUCUGUGCCAACCUUGCCCUCAAGAUUAAUGGCAAACUGGGUGGGACGAAUUCCACGUUGGCGAGACGUGAGAUGAGCUUCUUUGAACGGGAUUCAAAGGAGAAGGCAAGCUUUUUACUUAAUAAGUUUAUGUUUUUUGGUGCCGAUGUCUUCCAUCCCGACCCCGAGGAUAAAAAGAAAGGUCGUCCAAGUGUUGCCGCAUUGUGUGCCUCGAUGAAUCCCGAGGCCACUAAAUAUGUGUCCCGUUACUGUAUGAACCAGGAAUUAAAUAAUGAGAGCAUCGAAGACAUUUGCAGGAUGGUUUCGGAGCUAAUGGAACAGUACAAGAUAAAUAACAAUGACCUUCCUGAUCAAAUUGUAUUCUACCGGGACGGUAUUGCCGAAGGUCAGUUUGAAAAGAUCAUGAGAGAGGAAGUGAUGCCCAUAGAAAACGAGUUGAAAAAAAUUUACGGAUCACGAGACCCUCCAAAAUUUACCUUUGUCAUUGUGCAGAAGCGUCAUCAUGCCAGAUUUGUUCCUGUUAACGAGAGUGAAGCUGACCCUCAAGGAAAGAAUUGUAAACCCGGCACGGUGAUCGACACCGGAAUUGUUGUGCCACAAUAUUUUACCUUCUUUUUGCAAAGUCACGCGAGCCCUUUGGGUACAGCUCGCUCUACAUAUUAUCAUGUUAUCCGUAAUGGGGGCAAUUUUAAGGCCAACGAGAUGUACAAUCUCACUUAUAAACUAUGCUUUUUAUCCGUGAGGUGCAACCUCUCAAUAUGUCAUGUUACUCCGGUUCAUUACGCGCACCAUAUCGCAAACCAUGCGAAACACUUUGUCCAGUACGAAGAAUACCCAGAUCCAA